AUGGGUCUUGUGGACAGAGACUCUUUCGGAAAGGAUAUUGUAUGUUUGGAUAGUGGUCAAAGCUCUGACUUCUAUCGCGAUCUACAUGAAGUCGUCGAUAGUUGCCCUGCACGAGCACUACACACGACAUAUAUAUUCUACGUGAAAGAGGGCCAGCGAUCUGCUGUGGAUAUUCUGGAUAAUGCGCUCAAUGUACAUAAUACGAGACCAGAAUUCUGUGGAUUCUUGUCUGAGCUUGGUGAAGGUGUUGAAAUUGGCCUACAUGACUCUUGGACUGGCCACUGGUCAACGGCUUUCAGUAGUGAGCGGAAGCCAUUGGAAGAAUCUGACGCUGUCGAUCAUUACAUCAUAGAUGGAGUGACGCAUGCCCUUUGGUGGGCAGGGUCAGGAUGUGAACUAGCAUUUGUUCUUCCAACUGAGCGUAGCCUAAGAGUGUUCAAACAAGACUUGGCAUCACCGGCAACCAGUGGUUCAAGCAAAACAACUUCCGCUAUGUCAGUUUCUUCUGAUGAAGCGAAAACUGAUUCGCCAUCACAUUCUGAUGUAUUUCUCGAAGUUGGACGUAAAAGAGGCACUGGAUCGACUACAGGAAGUGAACGUGAUGGCUUGCUUUCCUAUGGUGGAGGUGGUUCGAGCAUGGGUAACGCGCCACCUUCAAGAAGAAGUGCAGAUCUGCGAGUAAUGUUGGUUUGGUUAGAAAGAGCCGAGGACAUGCUGCAUUUUCCCGUUGAUGAGCUCCUUAGCGCUUGCGAUGAUGGAGGUGAAAAGCCAGCUAUCUCAGGCGUAGAACGUCCUGCACAUCUUGUGAUAUUCAUCCAUCAGGUAGAACCAGGACUGGUGCACAUACGAACUAGAGGAUCAGUGAACAGGUUCGGCGAAGUUGGACCACUUUGUGAUUCUAUGGUGGUCUGCAUAGGGUCACUCCCAUCUUUUGUACGUCUAACGAUUUUGAAUAUUGUCAGACGUAACGUAGCGGAGAUAGAAAACUAUCAGUUCACACAUACCAAGAGGAAACAAGCCAUUGUGGAUUUCGGCAAAAAAUAUGCGGCAAAUUUGACAUAUGAGGAUUUUUUGCUCCGUUUGAUGUCUUGGUAG